AUGGCGCUCUGCUUCUGUUCUGUAUUGGCUCGACACUGCCGGACUCUGAGGGACAUAACUACAGCCUCCCUUCGGGUUUCUGCUACGCCUCGCCAUGUGACACGCCGUGGCAACCAUGGCGGAGUUGUUACCUUAUCAUACGACCUGUAUGAAGGCCGGACACCUGCACCGCCUCUAGUUUUACUUCAUGGAUUAUUUGGUAGUAAGUCCAACUUUCAGUCUAUCUCCAAAGUCUUGGUGCGCAAGACUGGCAGAAAAGUUUUGGCAUUAGAUGCCCGUAAUCAUGGUAGCAGUCCUCAUAGUGAUGUCAUCACCUACCAUGCAAUGAGUGCCGACGUGCGGCAGCUCCUGCAGCAACUUGAAAUACCUAGAUGUGUUCUAAUAGGUCAUAGUAUGGGAGGCAAGACUGCCAUGACGUUGGCACUGCAGGAACCACAACUGGUGGAGGGAUUGGUAUCAGUGGACAUUAGUCCUUCUCCCACAACACCCCAGUCUGGUUUUCCCCGGUUCAUUAAAGCAAUGCAGAAUAUACAUUUGGAAGGGAAGAUGCCAAAGUCAACAGCUCGAAGACUGGCAGAAAACCAACUUCGUGCCACAGUAGAGGAAGCAUCAGUACGUCAAUUUCUCCUCACAAACUUGGUGCAGGAGAAUGAGAAUUUCAAGUGGAGAGUGAAUCUGGAGGCUAUUGCAAACCAUCUGCAAGAUCUGUUUCACUUCCCUGACUUCCAGGAGCCUUACCCUGGGCCCGUACUGUUUCUGGGAGGGGCUAACUCUCCUUAUAUCAGCUCUGAAAAUUACCCUGAAAUAGAAAGACUUUUCCCAUGUGCAAAUAUUGAGUAUAUUGAAGGGGCAGGACACUGGGUACAUGCAGAGCGGACACAGGACUUCAUCAACUCUAUCUGCACCUUUGUACAAGAAAUGACACCAAGCCAAACAUGAUCUCCUAAGUGCAACUCUA